GCAGCUGUGGACUGCCUGUGAAUCUUGUGAGGUUCUAGGUCACUAUGACCACUAAAACAAGAACGUACGGCAGAGGAAUUCUGCGUUUUACCUCGCUACAACCAUGUAGACGACCUGGACAGACAGCUUAUGCAAACGCUGCUCUCAAAAAGGACGGGACAGUAAAUAAUUCUCGCGUGCAAAAUGGCGGGGAAAUGCACGUGCAUAAGAACGGAGGUGGAGUAGAAACAUUCCCAACACCGCCAGCACAAAAAGGAGGUAAACCAGUAAGAUUAUUGGCAAAGUACAAGUAUACAGCAAAUCCAGCCAAACCUGGAGGAUUUGAUGAGUUAACAAUUACGCAAGGAGAGAAAUUAGUGUUUAGCAGACCACACCCUUCAAAUCCAUUCUGGUGGGAGGCAAAGAAUGAAAAUGGAGAUAUAGGAUUUGUACCAGCAACUUAUAUGAUGGUUCUUGAAGACAAAAUUACCUCUCUGCCAUGGCUUGAAGAUGCAAAAAAGAAAAAAACUGAGAUAGAUGAUAAACAGGCAGAGAGUAAUCCAGGUGCUAAGCCAGCUUUCAAGCCUUAUGUAUCAGCAUAUGGAUCAAGAAAAAACAGUUCAAGUAAAAGCAAUUCAAGUCAAGAAAACCAAUACUACUGUGAAAUAUGUGAUAAAAAGUUGAAUGGACCCAUUCCAUAUGAGGUUCAUCUGAAAAGCAAAGCACACAAAGAAGAACUGGAAGUGAGAGAGGAGUUUAACUAUUAAGUAAACAGAUACCUGUUAUUUGUUUUUUGAACCACUUGUUUCAGACAUCGAAAUGGCAAUUGAAAGGAAGUGUGCCCAUUUUGUAAUUAUUUACUUCUAGUUGUUUUGUUAAAUUAACACUUCUAUGCUCAAGAUCUCAUAAGUAAUUCUCCCUACUGUUUGCCUUAUCAUACUUAUGAUGUUAUUUCUGAGAAUUUGGUACUGGAUCAGCCAGACAUCCCCUAUUUGAUAAUAUUCUUUGUUCUCAUUACAUGUCUCCUUGAUAUUGUAUUGAUAUUGUAAGGAGAAAUUCUGUCUUGGUCACUCAUGGGAGUUAAAGGGUUAAAACUUGCUGCAUGUAGCCUGUAUUAAGAACCAAUCAACCUGAAACUAGUAAAACUUCUGUCACCUCUAUCAUCAGCUUGUGUCAAUGAAUUCUGGGAUGUAAGUUAAAAAAAUGUUUCUGUGAAAGAUUAUGUUACGAUAGUUUAUUACCAGAAAUGCUUUAAGUUAUACACCUAGAGUUGCAGAUCAUCAGAUUUUUGAAUGGCAAGCAUAAGAGAAAUUAUAGGUAUUUUUUAUAUUUAUUGCUGAAAAUACAACAUGUAAUUUAUUGAGUAUUAG